AGGGAGAAGGACAGGCAGGAGCUACAGGUCCUCUGACAGGGAAAAUAAGCUGUGUGUGUCUCCUCAAGCAGAGCUCCCUUCCCUGGCUGCUGCUCACCCUGAGGCUUCAGCAGCUUUGUGGUCCAACGAGCCAGCCUGAUGCCAACAAGCUUCCUGGGCAGUGCCCUCAGGGGCACCUUCUUCUUCCUUUUUGGCCUCUGGUGGUCUGUGAGAUACCCCCUGAAGUACCUCAGGAGGAAGGCUGAGGCUCAGCCCAGCAAUGGGGUUCAGCGUGUGGAAGUCUUCGAAGGGACAGUCAAAGCUUUCUUUGCUCUUGCAGGGAUACUGGCUGAGCAGUUCAUUCCCACUGGUCCCCACCUGCAGCUGUACAGCCCCAAGAGCCACAGCUGGACAGACCUCACCCACUGGCACUACACCACCAUCUACCUCUUCUUCCUCAUCUCUGGCAUCGUGGACAUAGUCUCCCAGUCCUCGCUCAGGCUGCCGCAGGGUUUGGAUCGGCUCUCGCUCGCCCUGGCUCUGGCCAUCGAAGGUUUGCUCCUCUGUUGCCAUGACUACAGUGAUGCUGCACUGGACCAACACCUCCAUGCCCUGCUGGCCAUGGCCAUUUUUGCUGGAGCCCUCUGUGCCCUCCUAGAGGUGUUCAUCCGAGAUCACAUCAUCCUGGAGACCUUCAGGACCAGCUCCUUCCUUCUGCAGGGCUCCUGGCUCUGGCAGAUUGGGUUUGUGCUGUCCUCACCCUGGGGAGGAGCAGGCUGGGAUCAGACUGACCACAGCAACUACACCUUCCUCACCAUGUGCUUCUGCUGGCACUAUGCAGGGGCUCUCGCUGUCCUGGCAGCAAACUCAGCUGCAUCUCGCUGCUGCAAUGAAUCCUGCCAGCUGAAAUUUGGGGACAUUGACGUGGAGCUGGACUGUGGCAUGUGCAUCCGCAGGGGCCCACGCAGCUCCAGCGGUGCCCUGCUGCCAGAGAGCCCCUCAGAUGACAAAUGAAGGCAUGGACACAUCUUCCCCUCCCCACCCUGUGGCUUUAGAGCUCUGGAAAUGAGGGCUUUUUUGUUCAUUAGUCUUGCCAAUCUACCCCCAACAGUUGAUGGUGGAGCAUCAGAAGUGAGAGGCAGGAGUGAGCACAGCAGGAGCUGCAAAGCCCUUCCUGGGCAUGGCUUUGGCAGGAGCAAACCAGGCUCAGCUGGGAGGGACCUUCUCACUUCUUUCUGGACUGGGAAGCACCAGGACUGGUUUGCUGGUGGAGUCCAACUGGUGUGUGGCCCAUUUGGGCUGAUUUCAACAGUGUUCAAAGCUCCUAAGGGCUGUCCCUCACUCUGGUGGUGAUGGAGAGGGGGGU